GGCGAAUCUGAUGCACUAUAAAAGAACAGUGAAUGAGCUGAGGAAUGUAUGACUAAUCAUAUUUGCUGAGUGCUGUAAUGCAAGAGGGGUUGUGCUGGGCUUAUCCUUGAAGUGAUUUUUUUUUUUGAGCAGAUUCUGAGUCAUGGGGGAUGAGGAGAUUGCAGCUCUGGUUGUGGAUAAUGGAUCUGGGAUGUGCAAGGCUGGGUUUGCAGGGGAUGAUGCUCCUAGAGCUGUAUUUCCUUCCAUCAUUGGAAGGCCUCGCCACCAGGGAGUGAUGGUAGGAAUGGGUCAGAAAGACAGUUAUGUUGGUGAUGAAGCCCAAAGCAAGAGAGGGAUUCUGACCCUGAAGUAUCCAAUUGAGCAUGGGAUUGUGACCAACUGGGAUGACAUGGAGAAGAUCUGGCAUCACACCUUCUACAAUGAGCUGCGAGUUGCCCCAGAGGAACAUCCCAUUCUCCUCACAGAGGCGCCCCUCAACCCCAAAGCUAACCGGGAGAAGAUGACUCAGAUUAUGUUUGAGACCUUUAACACGCCAGCUAUGUAUGUCUCCAUUCAGGCUGUCCUGUCCCUGUAUGCCUCUGGCCGUACAACAGGUAUUGUAAUGGACUCUGGUGAUGGCGUGACUCAUACAGUACCUAUUUAUGAAGGGUAUGCCUUGCCGCAUGCCAUUCUGCGACUAGACCUGGCUGGCAGGGACCUGACUGAUUACCUGAUGAAGAUUCUGACUGAACGUGGGUACUCCUUCACAACCACAGCUGAAAGGGAGAUUGUCCGUGACAUCAAAGAAAAGUUAUGCUAUGUGGCUCUUGACUUUGAGUCUGAGAUGGUUAUGGCUGCCUCCUCUUCAACCCUAGAGAAAAGCUAUGAGCUGCCAGAUGGUCAAGUCAUCACCAUUGGCAAUGAACGUUUCAGGUGCCCAGAGGCUCUCUUCCAGCCUUCCUUCCUAGGAAUGGAGACAACUGGAAUCCAUGAGACCACCUUCAACAGCAUUAUGAAAUGUGACAUAGACAUCAGGAAGGAUCUGUAUGCCAAUACAGUCUUGUCUGGGGGAUCCACCAUGUACCCAGGUAUUGCUGAUCGAAUGCAAAAAGAAAUCACAGCCUUGGCUCCAACCACAAUGAAGAUUAAAAUCAUUGCUCCACCUGAAAGGAAGUAUUCAGUGUGGAUUGGUGGGUCUAUCUUGGCUUCUCUCUCCACAUUCCAACAAAUGUGGAUCACCAAACAAGAAUAUGAUGAGUCAGGGCCAUCAAUAGUCCAUCGCAAGUGCUUUUGAUCUGCGCUUGUUCUGUAAUGUGUGAAUGCCCAGGCUGCCUAAGUAGAAUAUUGCCUUAAUGCUUUAACUUGCCAUUUUACUUGAAUAUGCUGUCAAGAGGUUUAUUAUAUUAAGAUAGAAGUUCAUGUUCCAGUUGAUUUAUACACACAAUCCAGUGUGUAAACAAACUGAAUACACUUGUUUUUCCCAAAUCCUGUCCAUAGUCUCCAUCGCUUUCAACAUUAAAUCAGCUUAAAUUUCAUUAAGGAUUCCUUGUGAUGUUUGUGGAAAACCUCUUCAAUAUAUUGAUCUCCUUCAAGAAUAAAGCAUUGUUUUAAUGAUUACUCAUUCUCUUGAAGCAACCAACAUUGGCUGAGACCACAUCUGUCAACAUUAAGCCAAGGUACUUGUGUCAAAACAUCUGUCCUGAAUGUAAAUGAUACCAAGACUCCAAAUUGCAAAUAUAAUUCCUAUCUAGUGGUCUAAUUUUGCCUGGCAUAAUUCAAGACUAAUUAAAUUAACCAUUGCAGCUCAUAAUUUAGAGCUUUAAAUCCACAAUAUAAUGUUGCUAUCCCUCCCUUAGGGAUUACUUCGAUUCAACAAGCUUUGACAGCAGAACAUUCUCAGUGACCACUGUUUUUUUGCACACUGCCUUUUUUUAGGAAGUCAGUUUUGAAGAGGUAGUAAUAAAACAUAGUAAUUCUUUAUACUAUGUACCACAUGUGACUUGACUCAAGAGGUUGGAACUCUUAUGCCUGAGGGAUUACCAGUUAACUGUCCUAGAGAUCUUGUAAUUCUUAUCAUCUUGGCAAUGACUAAUCAGAUGAGCUCCUCAAACAAUAAAUGACAGGAAAACAAUAUAUUAUAUAUAAUCAACUACUGACCUUUCUUUGGUAUCACUACUGAGUGAGGAAGGUUCAAUUUCAGAAUAUUUUUAAUCUCAAGCAAUCUGAAAUGUUAGCUAAAAUCUUAAUCUGUAGGCUCCCCACAUUGUAAUACAUACCAAAGUGCCCAACUUAGUCAUUACAACCACUAGGUUCAGUAUGCAUGCUCAAGCGACUAUUUCACUGGUGCUGCACUUCUUCCAAAUGAGAACCCCUUUUUUUUCCCUCCAGCAUUUUUUAUGCUUUGAACCUGUUAUGACUUUCCUUCAGAAAAUUAAGAAUCAACAGCUAGAGUCAUGUGCAGGCCAUUCUGAUAGGGGCUCUGUUCCCUAAAGAAUGUCAGUGAAUCAGGAGGCCUUUGAGAACAAUCAGGCACUUUGCCAACAUACCACCUGAAAGAAACAAACGUCCAAAGUUCCUCAUGGGUUAGGCCAAAUGUAAAUGGACAAAGAAUUCUGUGACCCGAUAUAAACUAUAGGCUUCAUUCUAUCUAACAACUGUGAAUACUUCCUUGGUUAAUCAUUAAUUUCCCUUCAUCUUGUCAAGGCUCAAUGACCCAGGAACUGGGUCCUGUUUUACAUCACUUGGCUAUAGUAAACACAGUGCUCCAUCUGAUUUGUGUGUGAAUAGCGUUGUACUGAGAGGGAUGCUGAUUCUCCUGCUCCCUUAUCCUGCUCCCUUACACUGUUUGGACCCAGCGUGUGUGUAUAGUUGUCCCUGCAGCAAAUAAAUCUCAAAUGUAAUGUGAUCACACUUGAUUUUUCUGCCUCUUUUCUCUCUAA